AUGCUGAGCAAGGGUGGGCAUACCUUUCUUGUAUCCAACGGCACUGUCUUUUGUACUUUGGGUGUGGUUAUUUCAGGUUUGUCUACCUUAACGGUGGUGCCCAUCUUGCGCUCUACGAUCGGAGUCCCUUGGAUCGCCUUUUUCUUCGCAGAUGCAUCUGACUGCGGGGUGUUCUCCUUAUCACCCACUAUUUUUUUCGAUCCACUGGUUCUGUUGUUGGCUGCUGAUGGGUACGAACGACUGACGUUACUACUGCUGCUGGUCCGGUUACUGUCACUACUACUGCUUCGGCUCCGAGAACGGUCUGGGACGCGAGCUGCUGGCGUCUUUGUCAACGGAGUUCGCUUGAGAGGCAAACGACUCUUCAAAGAACCGAGUUUGGUUCGGGCCAGUGAAGAUGGGCGCUUGUGCACUGCGGUGGACUGUUGCGAAGUAAUCUGUUUGCGAACGGAACGUAAUGGCGUUGCUGUCGUAUCCAGGGCACUCGAAAUCCAGUGGUCGGCUGGUGGUGAGGGGGUUCGACCAAGUACAGGCGGACUUAAGACUGGAGGCGAGCAUUCAACUGCUGGUUCUGAGGUUUGUUCCGGUGGUGGUGCCUCGGAACAGGAUACUACAGCUUCCUUCGCUGUGUGUGGCACCAUCUUUGCUGCGUUGCCUUUGCUAUCACUAGUUUUGGCCUCUGUCGUGGAGGGUUUCGGUGUGGAUAUAGUGACAGCCCGAGCGGAACCGAUGAAGGACCGCAUUGCACUGCCUGAGUUUGAUGAGAGGUGUCGUGGUCGGGCCAGAGAUAGCUUUGGUGAACUGGAACGGCUCGAAUUAGAUGAGCCAGACUUCUUCGCUGAGCUCUUAAGUUUCGGACGCUUCGCCUCCAGUUUUCUGGCUACACGCGAAGUAAUUGCACCAUCAGAAGGUCUGGAACGCUUACGGAUAUCAAUUGCUUUCCCCUUGCUGUCCGUGACCUUUUUGGGAGUUGAAGUAUUUUGCCGAACUGAAAAACGAUUUCGACUGAUACCGACUGAACUUGUAGGAGUCUGCACGGCAGCAUCUUCGUCCGAAGAGUCCCAGGAGACCUGUGAACAAGAGGGUUUCUUUUUGGAUUUGGAUUUGACAGCUUCCGUAGAACGGACACUCUCAGAAAGAGAAGCCUUAUACUGUCGCUUAGUGGCACGCCAAUUUUUCGUACCGAGAAGAGUUUGCAUAGCUGUCUCACCCCAGGGUGCAGAACCCGGUAGUCGAAGAUCUAUGCUUGGCAUUGCCGAGGGUAAUACAACCAAAGCGGGUGUGAACCGACGACGGGCCAGUGCUUCGGAGGAACUAACAGAAACGUUUCCAGUACUAUUUGAAGGUGAGGGGAUGGUAUCUGGAAGGAAAGAUAGCAUAUUUAAGUAA